AGAGAGAGAGAGAGAGAGAGAGAGAGAGAGAGAGAGAGACGUGGUUGCGUGGUUUCAGUCUCUCUCUCUCUCUCAGCAGCACCUGUGUGUGUGACCGGAGAACGAGCCUCCCGAACAUCUCCUGUUUUCCCGCUUCAGUUUGGUUCGGUUCUUCUCGGCUCGGCUCGGACCUCCUCUCCGCUGCGGCUGAGGACACCUCUCUCUCUCUCUCUCUCUCUCUCUCUCUCUCUCUCCGCGGGGAAACUCACGGGUUGCUGCGGAUCCCGGGAGACUCCGGUGGGGAGACCCGGAGGAGAGCAUGCCUGCGGCGGAUCGGUGCCAGCUCCGUGUCCCGGUGCGGAGUGCGGGAUCCUCCUGAUGAUUCCGGAACUUGUUGCUGGAAGAAACUCACAGUGUGUGUGUGUGAGUGUGUGUGUGCGUGUGUGUGUGCGUGUGUGUGAGGGGAGGGAAAACGCCGCGAGGAGGAUUUUAGUGGGUUUUUAAUCAGACUGAAGCUCCAGAGGAGUUUUCUGUGUGGAGGUGAGUUUGUUUGGCGUUUGCUGUUUUCCCGCGCUCAAACAAACGAUCAUUGACUCCUGCUGAUCACUUGUGGAUUUGAUUGAAUGCGGCUAAACGCGUCGAUUUCGCGCGUAAAAUCCUAUUUUUUUUCCCCGGAGUACCUCGGUGGAUCAGUCCCAUCGCUGUUCCCGGUUCUGUGUCUUCUCUCCCCGGAUGUCCUCUCGCUGCUCCGCCGCUCCCUGAACCCUCCGCACCGAGCCUCCGCAGAGCUCCAGGAGCAGCAUGGCAGCAGGAGUGGCGGCGUGGCUGCCGUUCGCCCGGGCGGCGGCCAUCGGAUGGAUGCCGGUGGCCAGCGCGCCCAUGCCGGUGCCCCCGAAGGACAAGCGCCGCGGGCAGGGCGGGCUGAUCGUGCUGAACGUGAGCGGCACAAAGUUCCAGACGUGGCGGGACACGCUGGAGCGGUACCCGGACACCCUGCUGGGCAGCUCGGAGCGGGACUUCUUCUUCCACGAGGACAGCAAAGAGUACUUUUUCGACCGCGACCCGGACAUCUUCCGCCACAUCCUCAACUUCUACCGCACCGGGAAGCUGCACUACCCGCGGCAGGAGUGCAUCUCCGCGUACGACGAGGAGCUGGCGUUCUUCGGCAUCAUCCCGGAGAUCAUCGGGGACUGCUGCUACGAGGACUACAAGGACCGGCGGAGGGAGAACCAGGAGCGGAUCCAGGACGACGAGGAGAACGACCAGAGCAACGAGCUGGUCUCCCCGGACCUGAGCUUCCGGGAGACCAUGUGGCGGGCUUUCGAGAACCCGCACACCUCUACCAUGGCGCUGGUCUUCUACUACGUCACCGGCUUCUUCAUUGCGGUGUCGGUGUUGGCAAAUGUGGUGGAGACGGUCCCGUGCGGCACCGCGCCGAACCGCGUUAAGGAGAUGUCGUGCGGUGAGCGGUACGCGCUGGCUUUCUUCUGCCUGGACACCGCGUGCGUCAUGAUCUUCACGGUGGAGUACCUGCUGCGCCUGCUCGCGGCACCAAGCCGCUACAAGUUCGUCAAGAGCGUGAUGAGCAUCAUAGACGUGGUGGCCAUCAUGCCCUACUACAUUGGCCUGGUCAUGACUGACAACGAGGACGUGAGCGGCGCUUUCGUCACGCUGCGCGUCUUCCGGGUGUUUCGGAUUUUCAAGUUCUCGCGACACUCCGCGGGACUUCGCAUCCUGGGCUACACGCUGAAGAGCUGCGCCUCGGAGCUGGGCUUCCUGCUCUUCUCCCUCACCAUGGCUAUCAUCAUCUUCGCCACCGUCAUGUUCUACGCGGAGAAAGGAUCCAGCGGCAGCAAGUUCACUAGCAUCCCGGCCGCCUUCUGGUACACCAUCGUCACUAUGACAACGCUGGGAUAUGGAGACAUGGUUCCAAAGACGAUCAUGGGAAAGAUCUUUGGCUCCAUUUGUUCUCUCAGUGGAGUGUUGGUCAUCGCUCUGCCCGUCCCCGUCAUCGUCUCCAACUUCAGCCGCAUCUACCACCAGAGCCAGAGAGCGGAGAAGAGGAGGGCACAGAAGGCGUCCAAGGAAGCAGGACAGGCGCUGGUGUGUAAUACCAACCCCAACUUUGAGGUGCAUCAUCAUCACCUCCUGCACUGUCUGGAGAAGACCACGAACCAUGAGUUUGUGGACGAGAAGACGUACGAGGCGAGCUGCAGGGAGGUGACUCUGGUGAAGCAGGUUUCUCGUUCUUCCUCCAUUGCCUCCUCCUCAUCUCAUGGCUUCAGCUCCUGCUGCUCCCGCAGGAAGAGGAAGACCUUCAAUGUCCCGAACUCCAACAUAUCUGUGGGUAUGCAGGGCAGUAUCCAGGAGCUGAGUACCAUCCAGAUCAGGGAGAGGCCACUCACCAACAGUCGUUCCAGUCGUUCCAGUCUGAACGCCAAAUUCGAGGAGACGGUUCCUCUGAACUGUGACCAGCCAUACAUCACUGCCGCCGUCAUCAGCAUGCCCACGCCACCCGGCACCACGCCUGAAGGUGAUGAAUCGGCCAGCUCCAACUACUCCCAGACCAACAUCGUCCGGGUGUCAGCGCUCUAGAUAACAACAAUCCCCCCCCCCCCCGGCGCCAGGAGGACGGCAGGGGUUUGGGGUCGGAGGUCGACGACCCCAUCACCAACACACACUCAGGCAGCGGGGGGUGGCAGCUGCAUCGUGUGUCCUCGUUUGAAGUGACGGGUUAGAUCUGAUUGUUUCCCUUGGUGGCAGGAAACAUGAAUCCGAACACGCUAAGCUAACUCACCUGGGAAGUUUUCUUUUAUGAAGAUUUUUACUCCAGCAAAGAAACAUCAGAGAGGAGAAGGCGGCAGCACUUCAGCUGAUCAUCUUUAAUGAGACACAUUCAAAUCGUCGCUGUUUUUAAAUCCUGUGUCACAUUUUAUGUCUUAGAACAAAGAAGCUGAAGCUAACGUAGAUUUAUUUAUUCUGAAUGAGUUUAAAGGAGACGUUUGACGUUUUAGGAACCACACUGUUCACCAUGUCACCUUAGUCAAUUUAGCCUAGCAUAGCUCAAACACUGAGGGAAAGCAGAUGGAAACUGUUAGCCUAGCUUUAGCAAAAGUGAAGAAAAGCAACAAGUCCAAAACUGUUUGAUUGAUAUGUUAAUCUCGUUAGCUAACCAGCUAAGAGUUAGCUGGUUUUAGUUGACUGUAGCCUGGUUACCUCUGCUAUAACAUGUUCUGGUCAAAGACAAGCUUACAACUUUCUCAUCACAUAAAAUGAUGUUGUUCAAGGGGCUAUAUGUAAGUUUUCUCUGCUGCUGAACAUGGUGGUGAUGAUGGUGGAAGAGGAUACUCAGCUAAUUCUUCAUCUUCAUCAGUAGCAGAAAAGACGUGACAGAGACAAGAGUUAACAACUAUGUUUGUUUCCACCUCUGGAGACAGAUGUUGAUGAGUAAAGGAAUUAAGUUUGAUGCUGAACUCACAAUGUUUCUCCUAGACUGGUGAGGAAACAGCUGCUAAUGCUAACGUUAGCUAUGUAGCAAUGGAAAAAACAUACAUAUAGUACCUUUAAGUCCUUGGUGUCUGUGGUUUUUUAUCUGGUGAAGGAGUUGGACUAAAAGUCUUCCAGAGCUAUUUAUUCCUGCAACCUCUCACUUUCUAUUUCUACCUGUGUGAAAUAAACAGGAUAUAAUAUAUAUAAUAAUAUAUAAUACAAUACAUUAUAUUAUGAUAUGUUUGCCCUGAUCCAGUCAGUGGGGAGCGUCCUCUCAUGGAGAGCAUUUCACAGGUGUUUCAGUCCUUCAGGUGUUUCAUGAAGAGUAUGUUAAAUACAGGACCUCAGUCAGUGAGUAUUAAAUGGUCCAGAGCUUAUAUUACAGCACUCGUGGUUUAUAUGUCUCAUUUAUUAAUAAAUGAGAUUCUGUUUUUUAGACGUUAAACCUGACUGACGUGAAUGUUGUUCAGAUUUCUCCUGAUACACUGUGUGAGCUGCUGUGACUGAAAUGUCCAGAUUUCACUUUGUGGCCUCGACAAUCCGUCGUCACCUGAUGGUGAUUCACACGAACAUUUUCAUGUUUGAAACUCGUCAUGUUCCUUCAGCCCGAGGGGAAACUAGGAUGAUAAACUGAAACCCAUCCAGCAGCAGGUCGGAUCUUCAGAUUUAUUGUCAUGGUCACAGAUGUUCAGUCUGGGUGAUCACAUAUUUCUUCGGGGCCAAAACAACAUUUAAAUCCAAGAUUAAAACUAUGUCUGUGAUGUUGUGUGAAGGACGAGGUCACACAAACUCAGAGUCAGUUUAUUAGGAACAAGUGCUGUUUGUGCUGCUGUAUUACAAACAAUAUACAAAGAGGUCAGUCUGUUGUUUAGUCUACUCUCAUUGAUUUGAAUGGGACGGACUAAAUAUGUACAACAACACAAACACAAUACGGUUCAACAGCAGCACAAACUACAUCCUCCAGUGAUCAUCAGUGAAUCAACGACUCUAACGAAGUGUUCCUAAUAAACUGGCACUGGCGUGGAUUGUAUUAUUAUAGAGUCAUACAUUUGAUUUUUAAUCAUUUUUAAGUCAUCGAAGUGGAAAAUAUGACUGAACUAAAGUGAACUGAAUAUAAUAUGAACAUUUAAAAUAUGUGUUUUGAAAGGACUCGGAUUAUCCUAUUUUAAAAAAAUGUAUUUACUUAAUUUUAUUGUAAAUGUGAUUAUUUUGUUUAAGUUGUAUUCUUCUUAUUUUAUUUCUGUUUACUUUUUAUUUUUCAUUAUUUAUUUUUCAUAUUUAUUGAUACAAUUUAUUUUUGUUUGUUCAUAACUUCAUUUAUUAUUUAAAUUUGACUUUUUAUUUGUAAAAAUCUGAAUCUGAGAGACUGAGGAGAGUCGAGGUCUUAAAGUGGUUCUGGAUCAGGUCUACGUGACAUGGUGAACAAACGUUUUUCCUGAACUGAUGAUGUUUCCUUUAAUCAGCUGAUUAGAGGUUUAGAGGUUUUGUAUUUGCGGCUCACUGUGGAGCGAUGUGGACCGAUGUGGACUGAUGUGGAGCGAUGUGGACUGAUGUGGAGCGAUGUGGACUGAUGUGGACUGAUGUGGACUGAUGUGGAACGAUGUGGACCGAUGUGGACUGAUGUGGAGCGAUGUGGACUGAUGUGGACUGAUGUGGACUGAUGUGGAACGAUGUGGACCGAUGUGGAACGAUGUGGACUGAUGUGGACUGAUGUGGAACGAUGUGGACCGAUGUGGAACGAUGUGGACUGAUGUGGACCGAUGUGGACCGAUGUGGACCGAUGUGGACCGAUGUGGACUGAUGUGGACUGAUGUGGACUGAUGUGGAGCGAUGUGGACUGAUGUGGAACGAUGUGGACUGAUGUGGACCGAUGUGGACCGAUGUGGACUGAUGUGGACCGAUGUGGACUGAUGUGGAACGAUGUGGACUGAUGUGGAACGAUGUGGAGCGAUGUGGAGCGAUGUGGACCGAUGUGGACCGAUGUGGAACGAUGUGGAGCGAUGUGGAGCGAUGUGGACUGAUGUGGACCGAUGUGGAGCGAUGUGGACUGAUGUGGACUGAUGUGGACCGAUGUGGACUGAUGUGGACCGAUGUGGACUGAUGUGGACUGAUGUGGAGCGAUGACACCAGGAAAGCCCUCAGCAUGUUCGGUAUCUGUGUGAGUGCAUGGACCAGCUGUGUUUUCUCUGCAUGCUGAUCUGAUGGGUCAUGUGACUCCUGCUGCGUUCAGGUCCUGUCUGUAUAAACUAGUUUUCUACUUGACAUUUCAGUCGGAGCUGACUUCCUUCCUCUCUGCUGUACAGAAACGUGAACACACCUGAAUCUGAACCGCCAUCAUGAAAAACCUUGAUGUCAAUUUGUGAUAAGAAAACUUUCUCUCUUUGUACUGAAGCUGUUUAUUGACCUUCGUCGUCUUGCUCGCUGGUUUAUUUAACGCACAUGUUGCCUGAUGUUGUUUCUUUGUUGACAGAAGGUUUCAGGAGAAUACUUUACUGACACUGCAGCCACUAUAUAAAUACAUAUGAUAAUGACUAUUAAACCAUAGCAUGUCCCAUCACAGCUGUGCACUGUAAGAGGAGCAGGAGCUCAGUGUUAGCAGCUUCUGUUUUUUAGAUUUGAUCAGCUGUGAGUGAGUUAGUCAAGUUUAACUAUCUAAACUAGUGUUUAGUAUUAGUAUUAGUUAGUAAGGACAGUCUUUCUUAGCAGCAGAAGAGUCUGAGUGUUUAAUUCUCCAGCACAGCACACUGUAGCUACACAGCAGAGUACUGAUCAUAUUGAUCAACAGCUAACAUUAGCAUCAUAAAUUAUAGUCAGAAUCACUGUUAUAUCACAUUAACAUGUUAAGAACAGGAUCUUUGAAUGUUUGCUAACAUUAGCUAAUGUUAGCUAACAUUGGCAUAAUAAAUUGUAGUCAGAAUCUUUCAGUUAGCUACAUAUCGUUAGCUCAUCUGUUAAAGGUUAAACUGACAGCUUCAACCGGAUUGAAUCAUGAUAUCUGAUGUCUGUUGUUUUAGCUAAUGUGAGCUACGUAUCAUUAGCUCAGCUGCUAAAGGUUAGUUAACGUUAGCUAACGUCAGCUUAGCUGCUUAAGAUCAGACUGACAGCAGCAGGAUUAAACUAUGAUAUCUGAUGUCUUAGCUAAUGUUAGCUUCAUAUUAUUGACUCAUCUGCUAAAGGUCAAACUGUUUCAGCAGGAUUAAACUAUGAUAUCUGAUGUCAUCAUCUUUAUCAGAGGUGACUUACCAGCAGUUUGUCAUUAUGACCAUAACAAACACUCAUCAUUAAUAUAAUUACUUUAUGACGUUUUAAUGAAGCUCAAGCUAAUUUUAGCUGAUUCAGGCUCAACUGGGAGCUGCAGCUGAACAUAAAUGAGGAUUUCUUAAACUGUGAAUCAUGAAGAAGCUCUAAGAGCCAGAAUAGAUCCCCUCUCACUAAUCUGAGCUACAUUCAACUGUAGUAAUGUUAAAUUAAUUCAUUCACUGUUUCUCAGGCUGAGAUGUUCAGAUUGAUAUAAUAAGGAUGUGAUUAGCCUAAUGUUAGCUUAGCAAUUUUUCAUUAAUAGAUAUUUUCAGUAGAUGAUUCCUAAAACCUGAAGCUGUUGUUUUCCCAGAUUCUGUUUGUGCAGAUUAAUCAUCAGCUUUAUUGUUCUUAGUGUAUGAUAGGUGUACACAGAGCCAGGCUAGCUGUUUCCUCCUGCUCCAGACUUUAUGCAAAGCGUUAACCCUAACCCGCUCAGAGGCAAAGUGAAUAUAUAAAUAUUUUAGGAGCCCAUUAAGUCCCGAAAUGUAAUGUUCUUAUCUUUUUGCAUGUUGCCUUUUUAUCAUUAUUUACAUAUCUGUUACAUUAAAUUCACAUUAUUCACUGACUGUUUUUCACUUUGUAGUUUGGUCAUCUGGCCAUUGACAGAAAAUAUUCAGUAAUUUAAGUGAAGAGUUUUAUUGUCAACUGACAAACGAAAAACACUGAAUAUUUAUACUUUUGGUAAAAAUGUGUAGAUUUAAAUCUGCUGGAUAUUAUUUCUGUAUCUGCCCCAAACAGCCAAACUCACGUCACAGUGAACAGAAACAUGUGACGAUGAAUUUUAAUCCAUUUUGAUACAAAGACAAAGUUUGUUUUCUUCACUAUGAAAACUUCUUUCUUCUGACUCUGUUCAUUGUCUGAUGGAUUUCAAUGAUCUGAACCUCGUGGACGUUUCUGGUCGCGUUUAGACGAUGACGUGUUGUCACCUGAAUGUUUGUGGAAAUUAUGCAGUUAUAUUAAAACAGUUUUAACAGCUGAUGUUUCAUCAGUCACAGCUGCUGUUUUUUUUAAAGUGCCCAAAUUUGAAGUUUUGGAUUGAAGAUGCAAAUGUCCGACCCUUAACCUAACCCCCACCCCCACCACUGCUCGACAGUAAUGACACAUAUGCAACUGACUUCUUUUUAAUUCUUCUCGAUGUUUUGUAAAGACCCUGUCGGGUGGGGGGGUCUACAGAAAAAUAUUUUUGAGGAUCUUAAUGUUUGGUUGUAAAAGAAAGAAAUGAGGAUUAUUAUGAUUGCUGUUGCUAAUGCACAUGUGCUGUUGUUCUUUGGUGUUGUGAAUCAUUUCUUCUGUUUUUGAUCAUUUGGAUGAGAAGCCGUCAUGUCUGUGUUCAGUUCUGAUGCAUGCCUUCAUGGAGGAGGAGAUAAAGACGUACCUGUAAAAACACUUUGAGGGUGGUUCUGGUCUUUAUGACUUUGGUUUCUUACAGCUUGUGUUAUAAUGAUAAGAAUAUGAAUUACUGAGGAUAAUAUUAAAAAGAGAAGCUUCAUGGUUUUAGUCCAGUGCAGUGUCUGAGUAAAUAGAAUAAAAACUUUGUCCUGGUAAAACUGGCUUCUUGCUUCAUUCAGCACAGACGCUCCAAACCAGGGGCUCUCAAAGACUAGACCAGAGACUAGACCAGAGACUAGUUCACAGACUAGACCAGAGACUAGACCAGAGACUGGACCAGAGACUAGUUCACAGACUAGACCAGAGACUGGACCAGAGACUGGACCAGAGACUAGACCAGAGACUGGACCAGAGACUAGUUCACAGACUAGACCAGAGACUGGACCAGAGACUAGUUCACAGACUAGACCAGAGACCGGACCAGAGACUAGUUCACAGACUAGACCAGAGACUAGACCAGAGACCGGACCAGAGACUAGUUCACAGACUAGACCAGAGACUAGACCAGAGACUGGACCAGAGACUAGUUCACAGACUAGACCAGAGACUGGACCAGAGACUAGUUCACAGACUAGACCAGAGACUAGUUCACAGACUAGACCAGAGACUAGACCAGAGACUGGACCAGAGACUAGUUCACAGACCAGUUCGCAGACCCCAUCUGUUCCCUAUGUGCUAAGCUUUAUUCAGAACGGGUUGAAAUGACCAGAAUACUCUCACAUUCUGUCACUGUGAUAUUUACAGGUGGAGGCUAAUCACCAACCACCAGGAGGGACGAUAUUAAAGUUAGUUAUUUACUGGGUUAGUUAGUUGUAAGAACCAGUGGGUGAACUUAGUUGUGGACCAGAGCUUGGAGGGUGUGAUGUCACUUCCUGUCUCUGAGGACCUGCUGUAAAGUGACGCAGCAGCUGAGACACUGAGAGAAACGAACUGUUGAUACUGUGCAGUGGUGGAGGAGGGAACAUUUCAGACAUGCUGGAUGUUAAGAGCUUUUCACACUGAACAGCUGACACCAUGUGUGUGUGUGUGUGUGUGUGUGUGUGUGUGUGUGUGUGUGUGUGUGUGUGUGUGUGCGCGUGUGUCUAACAGCUGCAGCAGGACUGGAGUUGUAGGUGACAUGUUUGGUGUUUUUCAGUCUUAAAGCUUCUCUCAGGUUUUGCUUCCUCUGCAGCUUCAUAUUUCUCCAUCAUGUGAUCAUCAGCUCCCAGUAGAGACUGUUUCAGUAUUAUGACUUAUUAUGACUUCUUAAUACAAACAUGUAAUAUUCUCUCUGUCCACUUUAUUAGGAACAGGUGAACAGUUUGUCUCUAAACUGGACUUCUAUAUAUUCAGAGGUGUUCCUAAUAUUCUGACCCUCAUGUAUGUAAACAUGGACAUAACAAUAGAAACAGCUGUCAGUCUAAUGUGAUGUAACUAACAUGACCAGCUGUAUUAGACUGUACAGGUGUACCUAAUAAAGUGACUACUGAGUGUGUGGAUCAGCUGAUAACCAUGGACCUGGA